AUGCAGCCCUGGCCUGACCAGGGCCAAAACGGCGCCGAUGGACAUGAUUCAUGGCACUCGAGCUUCAUGUUUUCCGCCCAGACCGGCCAGUUCGACCCGAGCCAGGAGCAAUGGCCGGACCAGCCAAUGACGGGCCAGGCCACCGCCUUCUCCCAAAUCGGCCACGACCUUCCCGAUGCUUCUGCUCAAGACUACGACUUCGACCCUGUGCACCACGGCGCUGCUGGUGCCUUUCUUGGCGACCAGCACUUGACCAACUCCCAGUCAGGCCAGACCGGCUUCCACGGCGCCGCCGGGCACGGCUCCAUGCCCCUCAAUCAGCACCAGCAGUUCUCCUCUGCCAGCCAGGAUAUCUUGGAUCCUGCCUUCACCAACAUCCACCCAGACUUGUUUGGGUCGCAGCAACAGCAGCAUCAAGGAAAGGUGAAUCUUUCUGGCCAGAAUCACGGCCAGGUCUUUGCUCAGCACGACUACUCGUUCACGCCGCAAGGCGGCCAGCCGUUCGGCCCCUCUCCUGGCCCCGCCCAAGCUCCACAGUACAGCCCCCCUCCCUUGAUGCCUCGUCCGGGCUCAAGCCGCCAGCAGAGUCAUACGUCGUUGCAACAGCACUUUGACGGAAACAACAACCUCCACACCGGGUUUCCCCAGAACCAGGCGUUCGCACAAGCUCCACAGCAGACUCCUCUCCAUCAUCAUCGCCAACAUCAGCAGCAGCAGCAACAACCGCAGCAGCAACAGCAGCCGCGACCAUACUCUGCCGCAGAUCAGCCAUUUGCACCCUCCACAAACGGACAGCCAGACCACUAUCAAGUCGGGCCGCACGCCCACCUGGCAUACCCCCAGUUCCAGGAUCAAGUCGCACAAUCGCAUCUGCAACAGGCUCGAUUCCAGCAACCCGGCUUUGUACCCCAGAAGCCGAACACAUUUCAACAACCAGGGCCGGGCUCUGUCGGUUCCAUAUCCAUCGACGAGCAGCAGACGAGGCAGCCGCAGGCGGCUGGUCUGCAGAACCCUUCCGCUGUUGGCCAUGCUCAGCCGGCGCUGAAUCAGCACCCAUCUGUCGAUGCCGACGAGCAGUCGCCGGCCAAGAAGAGAAAGCGCUCGACUAGGAGCGCUUCGGAGGUUACGAGUGCGGAAUCGCCAGCUCCUAUUGGGGCCGAUUCGUUGUUGGCCGAAUCUGGGGCACGAAAGGCUGAGGAUGUGGUUUCGCUUCAGGCCCCUGUUCCGUCUGCCGAGGAAGCCAGCUUGAUAGCUGAAUCGGCCAAAAGAUCCAAGCCCGCUCAGAGGAAGCUCCCCGCUGCAAAGGCGCUGCCAUUUCUCGCACACUGUGGAACCAUCAAGCUCCCUGUUCCCAAAAGCUACGACAAACUAGCACCACUGGUCGCGGUGCCCCCGCGCAGUGGCAAGCCCGCUGUCCCUGGUCUGGGUUACGAUUUGCCAUGUGAGAUUCAAGGCAGAUUCACCAGCCAGUACAAGCCGUCUUUCGACAAACCUGGCCUAGAUGAAAGGAGAGAAGAAGCCAAAGAUCUCCUCGACGACUACGAUCGCUCGAUGAAGGCGUUGGGCAAGCGACAGCCAAAAUACACAGAGUAUCCACAUGCCUUCAAAGAACAGCUUAAAGCCGACGAGGCCUCCAAGAACAAGGCGGAGAAGAGGGCCAAGAAGGAGCUGGAGGAGGAGCGAAACAAACCCGUUCGAGCCCCUGUGCGACCCGCGGACCCUGCUGCGGCCGCCGCCUGGGAUAUCAUUGGGAUCGUGCACAUCGACCAGGCCGUCUCCCGCACGAGUGCCCUCAUCGCCGGUCGUGUGCAGCAGGCCGGCGAAUCUCUCAUCAGCCUUCGCGGCGAGGCAAACCGCGCCAAGCUGGCGUUGGAUCAGGCGAUGAAGGACAAGAAACCCGACGCCGAAAUCGCCAAGUUGAGGCAAGAGGCAGACCUGAAGAAGGAAACUCUCUACCAGGCCCUGGAUGCCAUCGUCGAACACGCAGACGAUGCUGUGCUGGACAAUCUCGGUGGGCACCAGAAACUUGUUCUCAGCUUGGUCAACACCUUGAUUUCGUGCAUCAAGGCCGGUGAUUUUUCUGGGAAACUAGCCAAGAUUGUGCUCGAGCUCUUCACACACUUGACCAUGACCAAGAAGAUUGUCGAAACCACAAACUUCGACACGGUGCGGAAACGGCUGGAGGACAAGGGUGACGACGAGGUCAAGGACUUGGUUCGCGAGAUUUCGUCCAAAAUUAGAAAGUUUACCAGGGCGAACGAGUCCGACACGGCAACAGGGUACACCGGGACCUCGGCAGCCAGCAGAGCGAAAUCAGGGACCAGGUCCUCCGGGUCUGGGGAUCCCUCGUCGAAGAGGAGCAGAGAUGAUGACUCCGAUGUGACUCGCAAUGUCAAGAAGAUCGCUGUCGAGCCUGGUAGCUCCUCACUGCUGAGCAAGAAGCUUGGCCAGCCUAAGAGCCACCCCCAGUUCGCCUCGAGGGCGGGUGCGGCUGCGGCAUCGAAGCCGGCCAUGUCUAUCUUGCCUGGCAAACCACGACCGGUCCCCAAGCCGGCCGCCAAACCACAGGAGCAGCCAGCGGCAGCUGAAAGCCCAAGCACUUCCGCCGAUGAAAAGGGCAAGGCAGAAGCGAAGAGGACAGCUGCUAAACUGGAAGCCAAGCCGGCGACCGCGAAGAAAGAAACGAGGCCCUCGGCAGCUUCCGGCGCUGUGUCGAGCAUCUCAUCACUACUCGACUCCAUCAAUGCGAAGAAGCCGGAUCACGUGGCGGUGGCGGUGGCGGCCGCGUCACGGGAGGGAAAGAGAUCACAGACGCCCGAGACCCCGGGGCAAACAGCCAAGCGGCUCCGCAAGGAGGCGCGGCGCAGGCUUCGUGUGAGCUGGAAGCCCGAGGGUGAGUUGGUUCAAAUCAAGGUCUUCGAGAAGGAUGACGACGAGGACGAGGGCCGGGGCAUGAACAUGAUCAGAGAUGCCGCAGACGACCGCUCCGAGGGAAUGGUCCUCAAGCGGCGCGCCAACGAAACCAUGGAGGAUGAAGACGACGAUAUCCCAUACCGGCCGUGGACUGCGCCGACCGCCAUGAACCUGUCGAACCUCCCGGAAGAAAUGCGAAAAAGGAGCUACGUGACACGCGGGGGUCGCCUUGUCUUUAGCACCGAGGAGCAGAAGCUCAUGGCCGAGCGGGAACAGCGCGAGCUCAUGGUCAUCUACACGGACCCGGCCGACAUUCCACCAACGCCCAAGUCGCCUCCGCCUGAGGCACCCACCACCGGCGCCGAAACCAAGGUCGGGCGACUUCCUGAAGACGAGCCCAUGUUCAGCGAGAUCCAUCUGCGAUGGAAAGAAGGGGAGCAGAUGGGCCUUGACAAAGCUUGCCUCGCGGCAACGAAGCGCCUCAAUCCAAAGGGCCAUGUGUCGACGAAACUAGACUCCAUCCUGGGGCGUCUCCACCAAUCGGGCUCCGGCGCAGGGCGGCAGCCAUCAUCGUCCACCCAAGCGGCGACCGUGAGCACAGCAUCGGCGUCGAAAAACAUCAACGUUCCUCUCGCCAUGGGACCUGCUGUGGAGGCGUAUAUUUUGGGCUGGCUAAAUUGGGAUAGGAUCGGAUCGUGGCGCGACCCGAAUCCCGUCCACGUCGACGUAUCGCGCGUGCACCAAUACAGCAGCUCCGAUGUCCAGGCCGUGGGCAAGGCCGUAGAGAGCGUGGCUACGAGCCUUGCCGGCAAGCCAUACCCUGCCUCUUCGCCUCCAGAAUGGCUGAUGAAGGACGGGGAACGGGUACGAGAGUGGUGGUUGGGCUAUAACAAGGAGACUGCAGCAAGGCAGAGAAAGAUGGAGGAGGAGAGCGCUCGGGCCGGAGCCGAGGCCAGUGCGCUCGGCACGGCGGGCCAGGGAUCCGGCAACGCGCAAGACUGGAGCGCCUACUACGCGCAACAGCAGCAGCAGGCGUAUGCACCGUACAUGGCCCUGCUGCAACAGAUGACGGGAGGCCAGCAGCCGAAGCCGCAACCGCAACCGCAGCCGCAGCCGCAGCCGCAGCCGCAGCAGCAGCAUAUGGCGCAGCAGCCAUCCGCUGCUGCAGCGACCGUUGGUCACCAGCCACAGAUUCUCGACAGCCAGUUACAGUCGAUACUCGCGGCCAUCAACCAGCCAAGCCACACGCAGACAAAUGCCGGUGGCUACGACGCCACGUAUCAGGCCUUAUCCCAAGCGAGUCAGAGCCAGCAGCAGGCAUCGGUAUACCCGGGAGACCGUGACUGGGACCGGAACGAGAACCAGGGCGGCCGAGUCGAGCAGCACAAGGGGGAUACCAAGGAUGGUCGCAAGAAGAAGAGCACGCUGCCACCUCAUAAGCCGGUGAACAAAGCACUCAUAGGCACGAAGCCGUGCACAUUCUGGCAGCAGGGCAAGUGCGCGCGAGGCGACAAGUGCACUUUCAGGCACGACUAG